AUGUACACGAUCCGGAUGGCGUUUUGUAUUUGCAGCGUCCGCUCUGGCCUCGCCCGCCGGAUUCCUCUCACAAAGUGGGGACUCCAGCCGCGACUUGGAAUUCUGGCCGUCCUCCCCGCGGCUCACAGACUCUCGCCGACAAGCGCAGAGAAUGCAGAUGAGUGCUCUCUGAGACCUGACUCCCUCAGACCCCCACUCCCUCAGACCCUCACUCCCUCAGACCCCCACUCCCUCAGACCCUCACCCUCUCAGACCCCCACUCCCUCAGGACCCUCACCCUCUCAGACCCCCACUCCCUCAGACCCUCACCCUCUCAGACCCCCACUCCCUCAGACCCUCACCCUCUCAGACCCUCAUCCCCUCAGACCCUCACCCUCUCAGACCCUCACCCUCUCCAGACCCUCACUCCCUCAGACCCUCAUCCCCUCAGACCCUCACCCCCUCAGACCCUCACUCCCUCAGACCCCCACUCCCUCAGACCCUCACCCUCUCAGACCCCCACUCCCUCAGACCCUCACCCUCUCAGACCCUCACCCCCUCAGACCCUCACUCCCUCAGACCCCCACUCCCUCAGACCCUCACCCCCCUCAGACCCCCCACUCCCUCAGACCCUCAUCCCCUCAGACCCUCACCCUCUCAGACCCUCACCCUCUCAGACCCCCACUCCCUCAGACCCUCACCCUCUCAGACCCUUACCCUCUCAGACCUGACUCCCUCAGACCCUCAUCCCCUCAGACCCUCACUCCCUCAGACCCCCACUCCCUCAGACCCUCACCCUCUCAGACCCCCACUCCCUCAGACCCUCACCCUCUCAGACCCCCACUCCCUCAGACCCUCACCCUCUCAGACCCUCACCCCCACAGACCCUCACUCCCUCAGACCCCCACUCCCUCAGACCCUCACCCCCUCAGACCCUCACCCUCUCAGACCCUCACUCCCUCAGACCCUCACCCUCUCAGACCCUCACCCCCACAGACCCUCACCCUCUCAGACCCUCACCCCCUCAGACCCUCACCCCCACAGACCCUCACCCUCUCAGACCCUCACCCCCUCAGACCCUCACUCCCUCAGAACCUCACCCCCUCAGACCCUCACUCCCUCAGACCCUCAUCCCCUCAGACCCCCCCCCCCCCCCCCUCACCCACAGUCCAGUUGCUGCUGACCACUCCUCCAGAUGGAGUCCAAAUGAAACAUGACAGGAGCUGGUCAGGGCUGGUCGGAGGUGUGUGGGCCUCCCCCCUGCCUCACCCCUCCCUCCCCCCUGCCUCCCCCCUGCCUCACCCCUCCCUCCCCCCUGCCUCCCCCCUCCCUCACCCUCUCCUACACAUGUCCUGCAGCUGA